AUUUUCUGAUGAGGUUUAUAUCCAACGUGGUGGGACUCUUGAAUUUGAAAAAGAUGCAUUACCAUCCAUUAGUCUGUCCUGCCAAUCGAUUAAGAGUACUCUAUGUGUAUGGUUCAAGAUCUUGAAGGCAAGACAUAUCUUAAAAGACGAGCUCUAGAAGAAGUAAAAGAGCUCAGAACUAAAAGAGCAGAUAAACAGUCCAUUCUGCUUUUGGAUGCUUUCAAUAAAGAUCGAGCAUCUUUGCCUCAACCAUUGCCAAACCCUCCACCUUUGGCACCAUUGCCUGUACCUGCACCUGAUCCUCGGACCCAGGAAAUGAUAAAUGAAAAGUUGAAGAAAGCUGAGGAUCUUGAUCAAAAGAAAGAAGUAGAGAUCAUGAGAGAGAAUCCAGUUGUGACCGAGACCAAGCUGAUAGUCAUGACUGAGGGAGGGAUUAUGAUCGAAGGAGCAGAGAUCGUGACAGGUACAAUGAUCUAGAACGUGGUAGGGGUUAUGUGCACUCUCAGACUUAUGAUUCUAGAAGUCACCACAGGUCAUGUUCAAGGUCUAAGGAAUGUUGCAGGGAUUAUGACUGUCACAGGUUCUUUAGCACCUUUUUUAGUUGCCCAUUUGCAAACUCGGUCUCAUUCUGGUCCUGUGUCCCGGAAUAUGAACAAUUUGAAAGGCAUGAUAUGCUAUAAAGUAAUGUGUAUGUGAUCUACAUCCCCUACAAUCUCAGCAUAAUUCCAUCCCUUCACUAGCUGAGUAAACUAUAGUUUGAACCGGCUGUAAUGUUCCCUUUUCAGAGAAGCUCAACGUCAGGGGAUACCACCUGGUACUUCCCCUAGACUCCGCCUAUGAUGUAAUACAAAGAGUUUAUCAAG